ACCCUAUUCCCCAGCAGUGUUUUGCCUUAUAACUUCAGAAGAACUUUCUGAGACUCUUGUUCUUUUUGUUUCGGUAGGGGAAAAAUGCUAAAACGCGAAAAGAUACUCAAGAAGAAAAGGAAAUGUCAGUUUAGGGAGUCAGCUCACAAACGGAAGCGUGGUGGAUUGAGCAGCAUCUGUUCCUGCUUCAUUCAUUCCCUCCUCCUGGUGCUGAGCCUCAAUGGGCGGCGUGAGGAGGCUGCGCGCGCGCCCGACCAUCAUCACCACCACCACCACCACCACGUCGACACGUUUAACUUCGGCCGUGCGUGGCUUCACAUGCACACCAUUUCCACACUUGUUUCUGAUCAGAAUGACUCUCUGGAAUGAUAUAAAGCGCGCGCCAUGUUUCUUUAUCACAGCCUUCUUUAUCUGACGGUUUUAUCCGUGUAUUCAGAAUCGGACACGCCAACUCUGUGGACAUAUUGAUAACAACACGACACCCUGGACGAGCUUUCUGCUAUCUCGACGACAUUUAUUCAAGUAAUUUUUACUUUCCUCUUCCUGCUUCUUCUGUCUGGCUGGCAAUUGACUCCCCUACAUCUCCUCCUUUGCCCUUUAGGAUUGCCUAGAGCACUGGCUUGGAUCAGUUUUCCUGCUUCUGCUGGCCCCCUUGUUGUUCCUCUUCCUCGUCAUUCGCCUCCUCUUCCCAACCCCAGAAUCCUCCACCAGUCACAAUGCCCACCACUUACUCUAUCCAACACAUGCAAGAGAAGUUCCAACUUCUCCUGUAGUAAUGCCCACUCUGGCCCAGUGCCAGUCUCCACCCGCUGCCCUACCCACCGCUCCUCCUCUUGCCAUCCCACCCCUUGCCAUUGCCAUUGUUGCCAUCUGCAGGCUCCUGCACCAUGAAGGAUGAGGUCAUCAGCACCAACGCACUGGCCUGGCUGGUCUGCUCCGGGGUGUCUAUCCUGGCCAAUGCCUGGGGCAUCCUGAGCGUGAGCGCCAAGCAGAAGAAGUGGAAGCCCCUGGAGUUCCUGAUCUGCACACUGGCUGGCACGCACAUCCUCAACAUGGGCAUCCCUAUCACCAUGUACUGCGUCAUCCAGCUGCGCCGCCAGCACUCCAAUUACGAGUGGAACGAAGGCCUCUGCAAGGUCUUUGUGUCCACCUUCUACACUCUUACUCUGGUCACCUGCUUCUCCGUCACAUCGCUUUCCUACCACCGCAUGUGGAUGGUGCGGUGGCCUGUCAAUUACAGGCUGAGCAACACGAAGAAGCAGGCUGUGCACACAGUGAUGGGUAUCUGGAUGGUUUCUUUCAUCCUGUCCACACUGCCUGCUGUGGGCUGGCACGACACCAGCGAGCGUUUCUACGCCCACGACUGUCGCUUUAUAGUGACUGAAAUCGGCCUGGGCUUCGGCGUCUGCUUCCUGCUGCUGAUCAGUGGCAGUGUAACAAUGGGAGUCAUCUGCAUCGGCAUUGCUCUCUUCCAGACGUUCUCCAUGCAAACAGGCCACAGUGCUGACAAGAACAAGUUCAACGUGCCCACUAUUGUGGUGGAAGACGCACAGGGUAAGCGCCGCUCAUCCAUUGACGGCUCCGAACCAAUCAAGACCUCACUGCAAAUCACAUACCUGAUCAGCGGCAUCGUGUUCAUCUAUGACUUCCUUACUGGCUUUCCCAUUCUGGUGGUGAGCUUUGCCAGUCUGAAGUACGACCGUUCCUACAGCUGGAUGGUACUGUGUGUGCUGUGGUGCUCCAUAGCCCAGUCCAUCCUCCUCCCCAUGUUCCUGUGGGCUUGUGACCGCUACCGCGCCGAUGUCAAGGUGGUCUGGGAGAAAUGCGUGGCCAUUAUGUCCAACGACGAAGUGGAUGAAGAAAACAGCCAGGAUGGAGGCAUUCAUCCGGACUUAAUAUAUGACAGACCUUAUGACUAUAGCUCCGCUGCUGAUAUCAUGACGGUAGACCGUAUUGCCAAGUACGAAUUCUCAACCUUAGAAAGGGGGGUCCCCCAGUGUUAUCCAUUGAGGGAGCCUCAGGAAGAUAAAAUGCACUAUUUGCAGGUGCCCCCUACAAGAAGAUACUCCCACGACGAAACCGACAUGUGGACCACAGGGCCGAUUCCUUCCUACCUGCACCGCUGGGGCUCCACGGAGGACAUGAUGGGUGUGCCACGUUACACCUCGAACCGCCACGAGAGGCGGCGCAGCAGCCUGGCAUCGUGCCACGAGGAGAGCAGCCGCCAUCAACGCGCACGUAGGAGCUCCGAUGGGACACGCUCUCUCCCGCGACCCCAGCGCUCUGAGGACAAUUUGGGGUGCUUCAGCCGUGACGAGGUGAUCAACUUCAUAGACGAAACACCUCUGGCCAGCCCAAUCAGGAGCCCCCGCCGUGCAUCGGCGCUCUCAUUAGUGGCCAGCGCUCAAGAGCGCCAGAUUAUCCUGCUACCACAUUUCCCGCUCACACAUUUCGAGCGGGAGCCUCAGGCCUUGCGACGCGCCUCUGAACACAAGGUUUCACGCACUGAACUGCAUCAGGGCUCACCCAGAAGGGACAGUAACAGCAGGGGGAGAGCAGAAGAAGUGAGUUUGAGCGAAUGUGGAUCUGAUAAAGGGUGUCGUGAGCAGCGGGGGGAUGGAAAACGUGCGUCUGAACUGAUUUUAACAGGCCAGAGCGUUUGGACAGCAGCACACUCGUCACUCAGGGGAAAAUCAGGACAAGGGGAAGCGCAUGUGACUAAGAGCGAAAUCCAAGGGAGCAUGAACAGUUUUAGAAACUCACAAUCACCAUCGUCGAGAUAUACUGCAUUUCACUCCGGUUCCAUUGGAUCGACAACCUAAGAUCCUGGAGCUUUUAUUAAUAUACAUCCUACACACAUCUCUUAUUAUUGAUAUGAGUAUUCUUGUUAUACAUAUUCAAGUGGAAUGUUUUUGUAAUAUGGGCGCUUCGUGAUUGAGUCUUGAGAAGUGGUCUAAGGCAGAGAUACUUACAUUCUUUUAUAGCUAUUUUUAAAUGUUACAAAUAUACAAAACAUGAUAGUCUUGUAUUGCAUUCUUUGGAGUUACUAUUUCAACUUAAAGAGAAUCAUGAGAGUAGAAAGGGCCUUUUUUCAGCUGGUGUUUACAAUAGCCACAACUAGGCAUUCAAACUUUUUACUGGAUUCCGAUUCCACUCUUUUCACUGUUUCUGUUGUUUAUGGUUGCGUGGUAUGUUAUUACAUUAUUUUAUAAAAUGAUUCUAUAAAUGUACAGUAGAUAUUAUAUGAUUUGCACCAAAAAACAAAACAAGGCUUGUUUCGUGUAAUCAUUUUCAUUUUCAGUAUUUUUAUUUCAUGCACAAAAGUUUUCAAAUGAUUUGUCUAGAGAAAAAGUUAAAGUUUCAGAUUAAGUACAUGUCAUCAUCCACCAAACCAAAGUUUACUGCUCAAAUUUGUUUUAAAGUAAUGGAUGCCUUUGAGAUAUUUAAGAACAUUUGGGGGGACAUUUGAUUGGUGGAGUAAAACCAGUUUCUUUGUCAGAGAAGGCUGUUGUUUCCAUAAAAAUUUUUUUAAAUGAUCUUAAAUGAGUUCUUAACCCCAACAAUUCAGUUUUGCCAAUUGUUUUUUUUUUUUCCUUUCCUGAGAAUGAAAAUAUGUAUUUGCCUAUGUACAGUAAAUGCCACACAUGGUUAUUUAUCCAUUAAAUCACCACAAUUCUAUUUGAACUCAACUCUGCUGCCUCGGUCCUGCAUUACUCUCUACCAGUGCUAGUACCCUCCACUCUUCUCUGCUUUUCUCUGCUUUUAUUCAUCUUCAUCCCUCUUUUUGUCCACUGAUAUAAUAUACAGUUUCCUCCAUAACAAAAAGUUUCACAUGACUGAAAAAGUUGGAAAUUUGCCAGGAAUUGGACUCAUGAGCAUGCUGUUUCCCUACACAUUGAGUUGAAUGGUGAAGGAGGGAACCCAAAAUAUCACAGUUUAGUUGGUUCUUGUGGUUGCAAAAUGAAAAAGUUUUUUAAAAAUCAACUGUGAAACGCCACUUCCACAUCACUUCACCAAACGUCAUUCAAAUUGCAGUUAAAAUUGUGAGUUUUGGUCAGAUGAAACUUUUAAACUUUUUGGCAUGUUUUGUGAAAAAAGUGGACUGCAAGGACAAGGAAAAGUAUAGUCUGCUACCUUUAUUUCUGAGAGUGUUGGAAAGAGGGCUUUUUGUUUUAAUUCCACCAGGCAGUAAUUCUCAUAUAUUUAUUACACAAAAGAAAGCAUGUGGAUAUAUAGUGACUAUGUGUUUGUCCAUGUUUGAGUUAUUAUUUUAAGAGUGCAUUGUUAUUAUCCUCAAGGAGACCCUGGGACUUGUGUGCAGUAAAUAAUAAUCUGCUUUUCAGAGCGCUUGACUGAACACACUAUAAUGCUAAUCAAAAGUUUUAUACUCUGUCCUCCAAUCUUGAGGUCUGUUGCUUUUCCAGCAAAGGGCCAACAAAGUUAAACAACAGCCUUGUAAGUUCAGAAGUCUUUGAAAACUUCAAAACACAAGUGCGCAUGAUGUAGGUUUUACACAUUAUUUUUUAUGAAUAUUACAUUUUUACUGUAAAAACUGUAAUCUUACUGCAAGAAUUUGCUGUUAAUUUAAUUUGCAAAACAUUUCUAAAUUGAACACAGGCCUGUCCUUGUUUUUAGGAAAACGUGUCAAAGGACAUCAGGGAAAAAAAAUACCAAAUACCUUUCAUAGUCCUCUUAACCAUAAGGCUGCACAUGAAAAAAACCUAUGUGAACCACUAAUGUCAUGGGUAUUUUUAUUUAAUGCAGAAUUCAAUGUUUUAAUUUAUUCCUGGCAUAUUCACUGUUUAAUGCUGGUUAUCAUACUUUUUCUUCUUACACAAAGUCCAUAUACUGUAUCUUUUGCAGCUACAUGGUGUUUGCGCUGUCUUUUAUGAAGGUUGAGUCACUUACAAAUUAAAAGCAUUCAUUUUUACAAGGGUUGCCAGAUCUUGUCUUCUUUAAACCAAUGAUCUGGAUGCAGAUACUCUUGGAAUGAUAUAUACUCAGCCUGUAUUUAAAAUUAUAUGUAAUUUCAGUUUGAGACGCAUGUAGGUAGGUGUUUCAGAAGCUUUUAAAUCAUGACUGGAUUGGAAACAGUCCAACCUGGCAAUUCUGAUUUAGAGAAUAUAACCACCUCCUCUAUAGGCGAACAUACUUCAUUGGUGUUUCAUGAACUCAUCCAACUUCAUGCAUGGCAACAUGUAUAAAUCACAAGACUGAACAUCAUUAAUAGUCAUAAUAUGUUAUGAUAAUUAAAUAUGCAGACGAUGCUAUUAUUUACUCUUCUCCUCCACAACUUGACACAAACUAGUUUGUUAUACAUUUACACCCGCAGUGUUUAAAAAUUACAAAUAAUUAGCCAAAUAUAAUAACUAAAUUAAAAAGAAAAGGCACUCAAACACUUUGAGCAGUUUUCUCGCCUAUUCUGAAUGCUGUUACUCCAAGCUGCAUUUUAAAUAAAGGCUUCUCCGCUGCACUUCGCUAAACAUUCAAAGAAUGUGGUCACAUAGUGUCCACAUCCAUAGGGCCAGGAGAAGCAGAGAUUAUCAUUUAUAUCAGCCAUUCAACAAAUGUUAAUCUUUAUAAAGUCCUCAUUCACGACUAAUGAAUUGAAAUACUAAUUAGCUCUUUUAAGGGACCAAAAUUUUUUUUUAAGUUUUUGCAGCAUUUCUAUAUUUUUGCAAUCAUUGGGCAGCGUGCUCAUUGCCCCAUUUAGCUCCAUAGAGUUAUUAUCGCAAUAUGGGAACUACAACAAGUGCUUAUAGAGGCCUGUUGGGCCAGGAAUCACGCUGCCCCAUACUCAGGAGAAGAGCAGUGGACAGGGAAAUUGCCAGAUUGGGCUAGUUAAAAAAAA